UUUCCGAUCCCAGACAACGACGCCUCUCUCGUGCUCUUUCACUCGUUUCACUGUCCCAACUCCCACGCCGCUGCGCCGUCCGGGACCGGCCAAAGCAUUGCCUACAGAGAAAACCAUGGCACGCGGGGCCAACCACACCGCGUCGCGGUCGCCCCCCAUGAACGCCACGGCAGCCACCAUCACCACCACCCCGUCUCGGUCUCCGCCUCCCACCCCCGCCGACGCCUGGGGCCCCUACGCCAGCUCCCGGGCAUUCUUCUCCAACGUGGCCACCAUCCUCAUCAUCCUCGCCUGCGUCUCCCUCCUCGCCUUCUCCCUCCACGCCGCCGCCCGCUUCCUCGUCCGCCGCCUCGCCCGCCGCCGCGCUUCCGCUUCCGCUCACGCGCAGCCGCACCCGCCCAAGCCCCCGUCCGACGACGCCGCGGCGGCCGGCUGUUCCGUGGAGUCCGGGGCCGCCAGUGUUGAGUUGGCCGGCGGGUGGGCCGAGGCGGAGUGCGCCAUCUGCCUGUCGGAGCUUGAGGCGGACGCGGACGGCGAGGAUCAGCGCGUCCGCGUGCUCCCGGCGUGCGGCCACGGGUUCCAUGGCGCCUGCGUCGACGGGUGGCUCGCGGCGCGCGCGUCCUGCCCCACCUGCCGCGCUCCGUCCCGCCUCUCGCGGGCAGGAGAGCCCUAGCGAGCACAAGAGGCGCCGGACUCGAUCCGGCACCGCGCCGGUCUCACUCACUCACUCCGACAAAAAGCGACGGGAAGUGCGUCAUUUGUACUCGAAGGAGCCAGAGCCUCUGUAGUCGCGUGAUUUUACAUCG